AUGAAAGGUGGUAUUGUACCAGAAUUCUGCCCAAGGCAGCCAAAUGGACCAAGUCUUAGGAUUAUCAGAGGAGAAACACCUCAAAUAACUCUCAAAGCAUUUGUUGAUAACCUCAAAAAGUCAAGACAAGAGUCGAAAAAUAGAUUCAUUAAUAUUCUCUGGAAAUCCAUCAUCGACCAUCCCACUUUCGUCAAACUGCACCUUAAUCGAUCUUCACAAAAACCCGACCUCACAUUUGUAUCUUCCGCCAGAAUCACGUUAUGGACACUCGAAUCCACCUGCACUGUAUCGUUCACCGUUUUUCGCUUGUUAGAGAACCCUCCGGUGAUUAUAAACCUUUCUGACGAUGAUCCUUACUAUCAACUGAAGGACAAGGACUGUGUCCAUAUUAUUGGUUCCUGCAAUGGUUUGCUUUGCUUGUUUGGUCUAAAAAUCAACGACUCUUGUGGUCAUAUGGAUAUUUCUAUUCGAUUUUGGAACCCGGCAAGUAGGAAAAUAUCAAAGAAAGUAGGGUAUUGUGGUGAUGGUGUUAAUAACGAUCCAAGUUGUUUCCCUGGUAAAGGCGAUUUGUUAAAGUUUGUGUUUGGUUAUGUUAAUUCAAGCGACACUUAUAAGGUUGUGUAUUUUAUUGUGGGGACAACAUCUGCAAGAGUUUUUAGUUUAGGCGAUAAUGUUUGGAGAAAGAUUGAAAAUUCACCUGUGGUUAUUCAUCAUGUGUCAGGGUUUGUCCAUUUGAGUGGUAGUGUUUUUUGGUUGACAAUUCAGAAUUACAAUGGUUAUGAUGAUUAUGAUUGCGAGGAUUUUACAAUCGAGCAAUUUGUGGUUAUGUCGCUUGACUUGGGCAUUGAGAAAUAUACUCAAAUGCGGCCUCCUCAAGGGUUUGAUCAAGUGCCAUUUCUUGUGCCAAAUGUAAGUGUGUUACAGGAUUGUCUUUGUUUUUCUCAUGAUUUUCAACAAACUCAUUUUGUUAUAUGGCAAAUGAAGGAAUUUGGAGUGGAAGAGUCCUGGACUCGAUUUCUUAAAAUUAGUUAUCUUAAUCUUCAAAUUGAUUUAGAUGAUAGUUUUGAAGACAUGUCCUUGUAUCGGUUGCCAUUAUGUGUUUCGGAGAAGAGUGGUACACUACUGUUGACUAACUGUCAUGAAAACCGAGCAAUUCUCUUUAAUUGGAGAGAUAACAGGGUGCAGAGAAUCAAUGGACACCGGCUGUCCAAUGACAAAGAGUAG